ACAUCAGCUUCCCUCAGUCUUCCUCGUCUUGCUAGGAAAUUUAAAGAAGACAAGAAAAUGAAGGAGGUCUAUCUGUUAUUUCUUUUGAUUGGAGUAAAUGCAAUUCCUCUUGGAAUUAAUGCAUAUGUUUUUCAACACGAUUUAGACACCAAAAAUGGCUUUUGCGAAGGUCCUGAUUACGGCCGCAUUCCAGUAGGCAGUACUGGCUAUAAUGAUGAAAAAUGUGAGAAAUAUGUAUGCGAAGAGAACCAUCUCACCGGUGAAGGGUGCGGUUCUGUGAGAGCAGGCGAUGGUUGCUGGCUUGUUCGUGGAUCAGGACGUUAUCCAGCUUGCUGCCCAAGUGUCAGAUGCGCAAAUACUGAACAUUCAGACGGCUGAAGGAACUACGAACUGAAGCAAAUAGCAUAUAAAUUAAUCAAAAGCUACAUUUUUCUAUCUGAUCAGGAUGAUCAAUAUAUACGCUAUGGUCAAUAUGUACGCUACAUCGAUAAUCAAAACGUCUGAUAACGUAUGCUUAUGUCCCGCGUUUGAUUAUGUCUAAUAACAACUUGCAUUUUUGCAUGAUAAAAUUGUUAAAUGCUACUUCAUGCAGACGUUAGAUUUGAAUAUUAAAAAUUUUAUAUUAUCCUGCAUUA